AUGAUCGACUGCAACAUCAGCGACAAGUGCAAGGGGCACACGGGUGAGCACGACCUCAACAACAGCCGUGGAAAGCAAGAGAAGGAGCAGAUAGGAAAAGCGAGGGACAAGGUCUCGGGGACACCCACGCGCAGCUACCCACCCAGCCGCCCGAAACUGGUUCGGCCCGGCUACACGGACAAGGGCGCUGAGGACGAACCC